AUGACAUCGACAGCCUCCAGAUACGCAGCUGCACACCUCAAACCCAACGGCCCUGGCGAUGCACGACCUACCGCCCUGCAAAUUGUCAAAGAUGAGAAGAGAGAAAACGCCCUAAAUGGCAAGGUAGUCCUCAUCACCGGCUGCUCAUCCGGACUUGGUAUCGAAACGGCACGGGCUAUGAAGGCCACGGGUGCAACCAUCUUCGUCACGGCCCGCAACCUAGAAAAGGCGAGAACUGCGCUAGGUGACGUUCUUGACCAUGUUCAAGUUCACCUGCUUCAACUUGAUCUGGAGUCUUUCGAGAGUGUCCGGGCCUGCGUCGCCGAGGUCAAAGCCAAAACCAACAAGCUCAACAUUCUGAUUGGGAAUGCCGGAAUACGUCACGUUCCCAAGGGAAGGACCGAAGACGGUUUCGAACUCCAUUGGGGUACCAACCAUCUCUCGCACUUUCUUUUGUUCGAACUCUUGAGACCCAUGCUCUUGGAAUCCUCAACCCCUGACUUCCAGUCACGCGUUGUCAUUGUAUCGUCGACUGCGCAUAGAAACGCCCCCAUGGACUUUAGCGAUCUCAACUGGGAGAAGCGAAAAUACGAGCCUUCUCUGGCAUAUGGACAGAGUAAGCUAGCAAAUGUUUACACAGCUAGCGAGAUCGAGCGGCGCUACGGGUCACAGGGUCUGCACGCCUGGAGUGUGCACCCCGGAGGCAUCAGAACAGGUCUCCAGAAGCCCAAUCUACAUGAUGCUCUGAUCUUCUUGAAAUCCGGGGUUAUGGCUACACUCAGGUCAAUGAUGAGCCCGGAGCAGGGUGCGUCCACGUCGGUCUGGGCGGCCGUUAGCCGGGAGCUUGAAGGUCGAGGGGGAAAGUACCUGGAACGGAACCGCAUUAGUGAGCCGAGGAAAGGUGAGAGUGUGAUUGAGGCUGGCCAUGCCGAGUGGGCGUACGAUGAGGAGAAGGCAAAGAAGUUGUACGAAAUUUCUCUCGCAUCGGUGCAAUAG